GUCUGCUAGUAGAAAAAAGAAGAAGAAAAAAAAUGUUUUUAUUUUAUUUUGGUAACCUUGUAGCAGUUCAUGUUUCUUCCGCGCACUUUUAAGGAAGGCUUCCCGGGCUGACGGUCGACUCUCUGCGGGGAAUUUCGAACACAUUUGUCUUAAAAACACCCAGACUAAAUUCUGAACAGCAACAGUCAGACUUCGCUUCAGAACUGAACUCGAGUGGGGUUCUGCUCGUGGAACCACCAGUUGAACGGAGCAUUUGUGUCUGGAGCGGCGCGAGGAGCUUCGGAGGAGAAACCUUCCGCGGUGGAAACAAGUACCGGCGCCAUGGUGGUCUUCAAUGGACAGCUGAGGAUCAAGAUCUGCGAGGCUCUGGACCUCAAGCCCACCGCCUGGUCCCUGCGUCACGCCGUCGGCCCGAAGACCCAAACCUUCCUGCUGGACACCUACAUCGCCCUGAACGUGGACGACUCUCGCGUGGGGCAGACCUCUACCAAGCAGAAGACCAACAGCCCCACGUGGAACGACGAGUUCACAACGGAGGUCCACGACGGCCGGAGGAUAGAGCUGUCAGUCUUCCACGACGCGCCCAUCGGCUACGACGACUUUGUGGCCAACUGCAUCAUCCAGUUUGAGGACAUCCUGCACAACGGCAGCAAGCACUUGGAGGAGUGGAUUGAUCUGGAGCCAGAGGGGAAAGUCUAUGUUGUUAUUGACCUAAUAGGAUCUUCCAGUGAAGUCUCAUCCGAAAAUGAAGAGAGAGUUUUUCGGCAGCGAAUGCGUCCCAGGAAGCGGCAGGGUGCUGUGCGCCGAAGGGUUCACCAGGUCAACGGGCACAAGUUUAUGGCCACCUACCUGAGACAGCCCACCUACUGCUCCCACUGCAGGGAUUUUAUCUGGGGUGUUUUAGGGAAGCAGGGGUACCAGUGUCAAGUGUGCACCUGCGUGGUCCAUAAGCGUUGCCAUGAGCUCAUCAUCACCAAGUGUGCCGGGAUGAAGAAGCAGGACAACACAGUGGGAGAGCCAGUUGGGUCUCAAAGGUUCAGUGUCAACGUCCCUCAUAUGUUCAGCAUCCACAACUUUAAAGUUCUCACCUUUUGUGACCACUGUGGCUCUCUGCUGUGGGGUUUGCUCCGGCAAGGGCUCCAGUGUAAAGUGUGUAAAGUAAAUGUACACCGGCGCUGUGAGAGUAACGUGGCGCCGAACUGCGGCGUGGAUGCCAGAGGAAUUGCCAAGGUCCUCUCAGACCUCGGAGUCACCCCUGACAAGAUCUCCAAUAGCGCCCAGAGGCGGAAGAAGCUUCCACAGACUCAGGAUGCUCAACAGUCUCUAUCGGAAGCGCAGACAGAGGACGAUCGUUCAAAGUCCGCCCCAACUUCUCCAUGUGACCAAGACGUGAAAGAGCUGGAGAACAUUCGAAAAGCUUUGUCCUUUGACCACCGUGGAGAAGAGCUCACCACACUUCCUCUGUCUUCCUCCUCCUCCAUCGCUACGGUAACCUGUGAUACUCAUGAAGGAGAGGGGGGAGCUGAAGAAAACAGUGCGGGCGGGGACGCUGAAGGAAGCCAGGAGAAUGGAGAAGUCAAAGGUCCUAGUGCUCCAGAGACAAAGCGGAUGAACCUGCACGACUUUGUGUUCAUUAAAGUUCUGGGGAAGGGCAGCUUUGGGAAGGUAAUGCUGGCGGAGCUGAAAGGCACAGAUGAAGUUUUCGCCGUCAAAGUCUUGAAGAAAGACGUGAUUCUGCAGGACGACGAUGUGGACUGCACCAUGACUGAGAAGAGGAUAUUGGCGCUGGCAAGGAAACACCCCUACCUGACACAGCUCUACUGCUGCUUCCAGACAAAAGACCGCUUGUUCUUUGUGAUGGAAUAUGUAAAUGGAGGCGACCUGAUGUUUCAGAUACAGCGAUCGCGGAAGUUUGACGAGGCUCGGUCUCGUUUCUACGCCGCUGAAGUCACCUCUGCUCUAAUGUUCUUGCACCGUCAUGGAGUUGUUUACAGAGACCUCAAGCUGGACAACAUAUUGUUGGAUGCAGAAGGCCACUGCAAGCUGGCUGACUUUGGGAUGUGCAAAGAGGGAAUCCUCAAUGGAGUUACCACCACUACUUUCUGUGGGACACCUGAUUACAUUGCGCCAGAGAUCCUUCAGGAGCUGGAUUAUGGUCCGUCGGUGGACUGGUGGGCUCUGGGGGUACUGAUGUACGAAAUGAUGGCCGGGCAGCCACCGUUUGAAGCUGAUAAUGAAGACGACCUAUUCGAGUCCAUUCUCCAUGAUGACGUCUUGUAUCCAGUGUGGCUCAGCAAGGAGGCCGUGUCCAUCCUGAGAGCGUUCAUGACAAAAAGUCCCAGCAAGCGUUUGGGCUGUGUGGCGGCUCAGGGCCUGGAGGAGGCCAUCAAAGUUCAUCCGUUCUUCAGAGAGAUCGACUGGACGCUGCUGGAGGAGAGGAAGGUUAAACCCCCGUUCAAGCCUCGCAUUAAAACCAAAAGGGAUGUCAAUAACUUUGACCAGGACUUCACGCGCGAGGAGCCUGUUCUGACUCCUGUGGAUGACACCAUCGUCAAGCAGAUCAACCAAGAUGAGUUCAAAGGAUUCUCCUACUGUGGAGAUGAGGCCGCAGCUUAAACGCAGAGACUGUCCACAGCACAUCUCAGCAUUUAAGGAAACAGCCUCCUCAUCAGUUUUAGAGUCUCAGCGCUCCAGGAAUUGUACCAGACCAUUAGUAAUUCUCAUGGAUCCUGUGCUCUUGUUGCUUGUCCAUCCGUACAUGUGUGCUGAAACCGUACGCUUUCGCAGCAUGAAAGUGCAGGCCAGCUGCAAGAGAAAUGUUGGCGGGUAGAACCAAACUAGAGGUGGACACACAGACCAGGCUGCCAGGUGGUUCAAGUGUGCAUGUGCUGCUUUAUACCUCAAAAGAAAAAAAAAGACGACUCUCCUUUCUUUACAAGAACAUGCUGUGUCCUUCAUGUGUUUGUGUUUCAAGAAUGUUUAUUCUUCCUUAAAACCUGUGUGCGGAAAGGAAAAAUGAUUGUAUUUAGACAUUAACACAUGUUUGCUUUAUUCUGGGAAAAAAGAAGCAAGGAAAAAAUAUUUUUGUGAGGAACCAGAAUUAGAGACAAUAACCUUGGACAUCAGAGAUGUUUCAAGCUUUAAUCUAUCUUAUUUUAGCCAUUUUUAAUAUAGAAAAAGCUGCACAUUGUGUUUUCACAUUAUCAUGUGAAAAUAUUGAUUUAAAUUUCUUCAUCCUAAUCCAGUCAGUACAAUCAGCCACAGGCUAACAGACCUAGAGUAGCUGAACACUGGGAAGGUCUGUAGUUUAAAGUGUUACAAACUGUUUUUAGUCUAAUGUGAAACUUGACCCCAACUGAAAACAGUUAACCCCUGAAGUCUGAAUUGAUGAAGCUCUUUGAGGCGAUUGCAGGAUUUUUCCAGCGGCCUGUAUGACAAAGCUGGACAGGUAGCUCAGAUUCACCAAAGCUGCUGCACGCUCAGCCAAUCAGAAAGAUGCAAAUUCAGACUCGUCUCUGCUCAUUUUUAUUUGCUCAAGGAAAUACAAAACCAGGGUUUGACCUGUCUUCUUUGGAUUAUCUUCAAUUCUAACUACCGGUAAAUUGAUUUUGCCUUCAAGACCCACUCCGCUGAAAGUAGUGUUUUUGGUGUUUUUAACAUGUUCAUGUGGCAUUUUUCUGACGAUAGAGGGCAUAUAUGAAGACAAUUAAGCUUCUGUUUGCAUUUGCAUUUCAAUCAGACCUAUGAUUAGUUGCUAAUAACCAACUGGAUGACCGUGUUGAGCUUCGAUACAGUCCUGCAGUCCACUGGAACAUGUCAAACCAUGUAUCCAGCUGGAAGAAAGUUAGAAACAAUCACAGACGUCAAGCCUUUUAUUAUACAGCAUAACUACAUAAACAAAGUUCUAUUGAAUCUGCUUUGUUGUACAGGCCCAGCCUCAGGAUAGCUUCUGAUAAAUGACACGCCUUGUUUGUGUCUGUACAUGUGUAUGUGUGUUUGUGGUAACUAUAAUGACCUGGCCAACAAAAACUCCACAGGACAGUUACGUAUCAUACGUGUAGAAGAAUGUGCUGUGUCAUGAGACUGAAUAAGGUGUUAACCUGAAUGUAUUUGCUCUGCAGUCAGUGUGUGUGUGUGUUUACAAAGGUUAGGAGCCCUUUUCAUGCUGUCAUCGUGAUUUGUGUUUUAUUUAAAGCGUCUUUGUGUUCUGUUGGUCUGUCCUCUUGUGGCUGGUUUUCGAUCCUAUGACACUUAUCUGGGUCAGAAGCUGCUCAGAUCCUCACAAAUGAGUUAACCAAGCAGACUUCACCAAAAACAAACUUGACUAGCUCCAUUCUUCUGCCUUAGAAGUCUUCCCCAUCUCUGUUUGUUCUUCUUACUUUUUCUCACACACUUUCAGAUUAAGACACCUUUGAGUAUUGAACUGCAAGUGUUUGGAACAGUCAGGGCAGCGUUGGAUUACACCUGACCACAGUUAUUAUGCAUCAGUUAAUAGCCUUUAGACCUAUACUGUACUGCAAAUGUACAUUUCAGCUAGUAGGACAUUAUGAACUGUAGCAUUAGAGGUUUAUGCAGCAAGCCAUACAAUAUAUAAUGAAAGGGCUGAAGUGUAAUUUCACUUUUGCAGAUAGAAAAUGUUGCACCAUUAGUAUUAACAUAUGCACUUAAUUUAUUGAUUCUAAUUUGAAGAGUUUUAAAAAUAAUGAAGCACUUCAAGUAGCAGCAUUUUUAAUUGAAAGAGAUCAUUUUGUUUAAAUUCAACAAAAAAUAACAACAAACAUGUAAUUUUUUUUUUAAUUCCAAAGAAGUAUUUGUAAAAAAAAAGAGGAUUCUAACUUGUAGAGUUACAUUGAACCCCUAGUCAACUGUUAGUCGCAAUUACUGUCAUCCUUCUUCUCUUUCCUGAGUUAAAACAAAUCUGUUGAUUAUGUGGAAGAGAAAACGGGUUCCAGCUUCGUGGAAUAGCACAGUUUGAAUUUUAAAUAUUGUCGGAGGAAGUGAUUAGAAAAAAAAUCAUGACUUACACUAUGUUAGGAUAAGACCCACUCCAAUGAAAAUGAUGUUUGUGUGUGUGUGUUUUAACAUGUUCUUGUGGCAUUUUUCUGAGAAUAGAGGACAUAUAAAAAGAAAAUUAAGCUUAAAAUUGCAUUUCUGAGUAUGUCAUCAUUCCAAUCGUAGUAAAUCUGGAGCAGACCAAAAGAAAUACGGUUUGAAAAAGAGCUUAUUUUUGACGUCAAAAAAUACCCUGAGCGGACCAGAGGCUUCCUACUCUGAGCUCUUAGCAAAAGGAAGGGGAAGUGGGGCGUUGCUCCGUGCCAAUUGUCACACCCACAGCUAGGAGGCGAAUAUCUAUUGCACUAGUGGUGCUCUACAGAAACUAUGACCUGAAUGAUAUCAGGUAUUUGGCUAAAAAAGCCAUAAUCAUAAACCACUAGGAACACUUCGAAAAUAGCUCAAAAGCUGAUUGGAAUGGGACUUUAAGUUUAAAAACAGCAAGAUAACAACUUAAAGAGGAAGCGUGUCAUGGGUGAAUUAUUAAAGUCAAAUAAAUAAAAGAUGCAUGUCCUUUUUAAACCAAAAAGCUAAAUUUAUGAUCAAAUGCAGUGAUUCAUCCUUGGUUUUAGGUUUUGUUUCUUCAGUUUGAGAUUUACCUGAAAACGUUCUACAUAUUUGUUUAAAAUACCGACUACAACUAGUUGAAACAUAGUUCUAGAGCUUAUUUGCAAGGGAUUUCUAAAAUGGGUUUUGGGCUUUUUCCUUAAUUCUUCAGAGGCCUUCAUUGUUCAUUUGGGAGUUUUAACCCCCCAGUGUCUGUUUAUAAACCUGAAGUCCAUAGCAAAUGGAGACGAUUUAGCUCUUGAACUGUCUGAAACACCUCAUUGGAUAGUCUAUCCCUCUUGUUUGUUACCUUGUGACAUCAUUAGCUCAGAAAGUCUGCUUCAGUGAAAAAUGGAGCAGUGAUUAUUUUAGUUGUUACUAACCAACCAAUGCAGGCCGUACCUUUGUGGUGAUGGCAGGGUUUUAAUCAUGACCUUCAAUGAUUUAUGCAGUCGCGAGGUAAAUUUCCGUUACACUAAACAAGGGAUGUGAACCUUUUUUUGAUGACUCCCUUUCAAAAUAAAACUUGUAAAUUUUGUUUUUUGCCAACUGUUAGAUGAAGCAAAGUUUGAAGUCUCCACAAAAAUGUUUGAGUGGCCAUCUGUUAAUGUUUUAAGCUGAAUAGCAUUUGUAGUUGGACCGGGGUACUGACACAACAGGCAAACGCACUUCCAGCAGUGUUGCAGCAUCAAAACGGGCAACAUGUAGCAGUAAAACGGCUUACUGUAGCAGCCCAUGCAACACUCAUACGAAAUGAGCAGAAGUGACUGCCCUUAGCAUUAUGAACUUCCCUUUUCCUUUCCUUCUUCUCAUGUCUCCUGCUAGAUCUUUGUUUAGUCUCUCAUUUAAAAAAUGUCAAGUUGUUUGUCCCAGAAUGACCCAAAGAAGACAAUGUGUCCCAGAAGUCCUCCAUGUUAAAUGCCAGAUGUCGUGUCCAACACAAACAUCCUCCGUGUCAGGAGCUGUCACUGUCUAAUAUUCACAUCACUGGUGGACAGAGUUGGAGGGAAUUUUGACACACGGCAGCACGGAGUUUUCUUCAAACAGUAAAAACAGUGUUAUCAUACCUAGAGUGUCAAGCAUUUUUCUUCCAUGAGUCAUAUGCAGAAUUUUACUUUAUGUUUGGGGGUAUUUUCACUCCCUGUUUUUGUGAAGCCUAGUCUGUAUAUUUUGCAAUCUGAUGUGUGUUUUCUUUCAUUUAUUUUCAUGCUCUUCGUAUUUGUUUUGGAAAAAAAAA